GGUAUUCAAUUCACGCUCUGGAUGGCUGGAAAAAACUGUAAGCAAGGAAGCGGGGACUCACUGGGAAUUGCUCCGCAUUAUGACCAAAAUUCACCAAGAACCAGAAUCUCCAGUGUCCGGCGGGUGGAACAGUCACUCUGCAAAUGGUAGUCCUUCUCACGAUAAUUUCGACUUAGAGGAAGUCACCUCGCAAGAUCCGGGAUAUGAUGGGGAUGUUGAGGUGGUAAAACCAUAUGCCAUUGAAGAACCAGACGAUCCCAUUACGCCGGAGACCGCAUUGUCGGAGACACCCAAACUACGAAGCUUUGCAGCGCAUACACAAGACGACCUUGUCGAUUCUCUGCGCAAUCUUGACUGCAACUCAGACAGUGCAGAUAGCCGCCCGCGGAAAUCUACAAAGAGAGGCAGAAAAAGGAAGCCCGGACCUUCAGAGGCGUAUACAUAUUACCCUUACCAAACAGAAUCGCCCUCUGCAUUUACAGAGACACACGACAGCAAAGCUGAUGGGGGUAUUCUCACCCCCAAGCGAUUGCGGAGGAGGAGUAGACGGUUCAAGGAAGACAUAAACAUAGCACCAAUUGCUAGCAGUUCGCCUAUCAGCAGCGACAGCCGACCUUCUACGCCGUUAACAUUUUCCACGACAGCAAAUGGAACGGAAUCGAAAAGAGACGCGGAGUCGGACGACAAAAUGGACGUGGAUUGAUUACUACUUCCUACGGGAUGCAAAAGCAUUAACGGUUCCAGUCAUACAGGUCUGCUUCUCGGCAAACUUCCGAUCAAAUGACAAUCAUCUAUCCUCAUGUCGAUGCUGGAUAGGUGUCCUGUUGACUGUUGUCGCAAUCCCGUAUCCACGUGAUGCUCCUCGUAAUCUUAUCACGUGGUAAGAAUCGAGCGGAU